ACUGGCCGCGCGAUGACGCGCGCCAAAUUUUUCAAUAAAAUAAAAACAUAGCAAAACCCCUUCUUCAUUCCAAAUGAUGGAUAUAAAAGACAUUAUAAAAUGGUUUAUACCAUGUUUUCAUUUACUAUUGCGUUUCGCUAGAAUGGAUGUGCGUUUGACUUUCGUUUGUUUAUUUUUAUUUUUUUCGUGUCCCAGUUACGCGGGAAAAGUGAACAGUGCAAAAGAUGUAGGUUUUAGUGGAAAACAUUCUAAACAAUUAAAUAUUAUUAGUGAUUAUUAUAAUUAUAGCCAAAGCAAUGUUCCUUUAAGUGAAGAAAGGUCUAGUUUGGAAGGAGAUACCUCGAUGGGUCGAACCUUCGGUCGUCCGUUCAAGAAGAUGAUCCAAGCGUUCAUACCACUCGCAUUUCAAAUGGGCGCGGCAUCCACUUGGGCCGUCAUUGCUGCACUUGUGGGUGUCAAGACAUUAGCGAUAACACUACUUAUUCUGAAAAUCUUGUUAAUAGCUGGAGCUGCUAAAAUUGGCGCACUAUUUGGUGCAGCUAAAGGUCAUCAUGGCGGAUGGGAGCAACCUCACCAGAAAGAAAUUCAUCUGCACAUACAUGGACAACACGGUGAAGAACAUGUUCCUCUAUCGUCAUGGAGUCGGGAGGGUCAAAAUUCGGAUCCUAAGCAUGUAAAUGUGGUGUAUGAGCCAUAUGGCGGACCACAGACUAUAAGCACACCUUAUGGACAUUAUAUGAAGAUUGAACCAGCUAAUCAACAGCAAUAACUCAACAAAUAUAUUAUAGUGAAAAAGCUGGCUUAGCUUUGUAGGACAGAUUUAAAGAAAUCCAUUUUACUUCAGUUUAGUUAAAUAUUAAUUCUGAAUUUAAGUAAAAUAUGAGAAAUUGGUGUUCGGUACGUUGUCUUAAAGAGUGCCAAAAAUAUGCCGGACUCGAGUUCACGUUCAAUUGACUUUAAAGUAUAGAAAACUUGUAUUCUGAGUCAGGUUUUAAUGAAUUAUACCGAUUGGUAAAUAGUACUAAAGUUACCAAAUAUACACAAAAAAACAAGUAUUAUAAUUAUUUAAUUAUGUUUAAUAUAUGUAAUGAAGUGAAUAAUAGAAUAAUCUUGCUUAUGCUUCUUAAGAUAAGAAAGGAAACAAACAAAUGUAAUAAAAUUUUAUUUUUAAGUAUUAUUUAUACUUACUGUUGAAAGUUCAUUUUACCAUUAAUUUCUUCAGACGCACAUUUUAGCUGCUUAUUUUGUGAUUUUAGGGAAAAAAUCUUAAUUGUCCAGUUUGUAAUAAUAUAUUCUGAAUAAUUUAUUUUUUUCCUUCAAUAUACUUCAGGGAAAGGAAUAUGUUAAUCUUAU